CUUGACACAGUCAAGAUGGGCAAGUGCCGUGGUCUUCGUACAGCAAGAAAGCUCCGCAACCACCGCCGUGAGCAAAAAUGGCAUGAUAAGCAGUACAAGAAGGCCCAUCUGGGAACCGCUCUGAAGGCCAACCCAUUUGGAGGUGCUUCUCAUGCUAAAGGAAUUGUCCUGGAAAAAGUCGGUGUAGAGGCUAAGCAGCCAAACUCUGCUAUCAGGAAGUGCGUCAGAGUGCAGCUGAUCAAAAACGGCAAGAAAAUCACUGCAUUCGUACCAAACGAUGGUUGUCUGAAUUUUAUUGAGGAAAACGACGAGGUUCUGGUGGCAGGAUUUGGACGUGCUGGUCAUGCCGUUGGUGAUAUUCCUGGUGUCCGAUUCAAGGUGGUUAAAGUAGCCAAUGUCUCCCUGCUGGCCUUGUACAAAGGAAAGAAGGAGAGACCAAGAUCAUAGACAUGGAUUGAAAAGACAUUUAAUAAACAUCUUUUCACACA